CGGUCUUGCCGCCUGAUGGACAGUGUAUGUGUUAAUGUGUUAGGAAUGUUCCUGCAAGCAUUAGGACGGUUGUCCGUACGCUGACUAUUUGGAAUGACACGAAUUCCAUUAAGGAGUAGAGUGCCAAUAAAGGUCUCAGCUUUGAAAUCAAACUGCUUUGGCCAUUUUCCAAACAAGACUUUUAAAGUUUCAAUUAUCCGGCUAUUUGUGGUGACAGGAUGUGAUUUGCUGGAGAAGUAUGUAUCCAGGCCCGUGGGGCCUGUCCAAGGCCUUGUCCUUAUUCAUUCCAUCAACACGGCCAAAGGCAGAGCUUCCCUAAUUAUACCAAUUUGCCCCCCACCCAAAAGGAAGACGUUUAAUCACUGUUUACUUUACCAUGCAACAUCUUUCUACUGACAAACACAAACCGCUCCUGUAGGGCUGUGCAGCAAAGAUACAGUUUUACUUUAGUCCCUGUGCGUCCUGUUUGUCAACCUUAUAAAUGAAAUGCCAAAUACGGAUAGAAACCUUCUGAUUGCCCCCCGAGGCGUUUCAUCAAAUGUCAUGACAUGGAAGUUAGACAGGCCGACCUGUCAAACCAGCCUGGGAGAGCGAGUGGUGAAGUCCAGCCAGAGAACAGCAGGCUGGGAGAGCGAGUGGUGAAGUCCAGCCAGAGAACAGCAGGCUGGGAGAGCGAGUGGUGAAGCCCAGCCAGAGAGCAGCAGGCUGGGAGAGCGAGUGGUGAAGCCCAGCCAGAGAGCAGCAACAUCUGGGGGUGGAGAGAAGGGAGCGAGGUGCCUCAGUCGGGUCAUUGGCAGAUGGUGUCACUGCAGCACAACUUCUCCAGCAUGGAGGAGACUGUGAGAAUCCUGCUGCAGAACCAGGACCCCCUUGAGGGCGCGGUGGUGGACCCUCUGGACCUCAUGAAGGCCUACAAGGACAAGCUCCUGGAGGAGAUGUGGAAGCAACAGGACAGUCUGGAGGGUCCGCCCCUGCCCCCCCUGGCCCCCCUGGCCCCCGGCCGGCUCAGGCCCCCCGGCGCCGGCAGCAGGCCCAAGGACGAGGCGGACGACCACAGCCCCCUCCUGGAGCGACUCAGAGCCCUGGAGGAGGAAAACUCGGCCCUGUCCAUGGAGAACGACAACCAGAGGAGGCAGUAUGAACGCUGUCUGGAUGAAGUGGCUAAUCAGGUGGUCCAAGCACUCCUUACUCAAAAGGACCUGAGGGAGGAGUGUGUGAAGCUGCGGACGAGGGUGUUUGACCUGGAGCAGCACAACCGAAUACUCAACGUGCUCUUCCAGCAGCGCGUCAAAACCUCCUCCAGUCCUGUCGCACAGGAGGCCCAGAGGAACGGGAAAGCAGGGGUUCCCUCUGGAAGAUGGCCCAGCCUGCUGAGCCUCACCUGCCCUCGCAGCAGCUGCAGCAGCAGUGAGGCCUCCCUCUCCAGCGCAGGGAGUGAAUACUCCAGCGGCUCACACACCUGGACCGACGGGCGAGGCUCAUCCAAGCAGUGUGCCCUAAGUCGGGAGAAGAGGAUGAGCGCCGGUUCUGUGUCCAGCAACCACUCCGCCGUCCCGUCAGAGCAGCCGGAUCUAGGAUGGAAGGAGGGACACAUUCUCAAGGGCCUGAAGAGGCUGCAGAUGCGGAGCCCCAAGGAGUCCUCCUUCCUGGUCCCCACGUCCCAUUAUAAAGACUGCAUGACCUCCAACGAGGGAAUAUACUCUUUGGGGGUUAAAUGUGGGCCACAGGGGAUGGUUCCUAAACUGGCGGUGACGAAGGCGAAGACCUUCAAGCCAGGAGCAGAAGUCCCCACCUUACCCUCAGACUCAGACGACGCAGACGACGACCCACCUCAGUCUGGUGACACAUUGUCGAAAGAGAGUCCUUCACCAGAGGACGCUGGUGGAGCCGGAUCAGGAGCGUCGUACGGCCAAGCCCGUUCCCCGGACGGCUCAUCCUCAGAGGAGCCGGUGAAACUCACAGUCGAAAGGAGCUUCCUGUCAACUGUCACAGAGAACGUCUUCCCCGAGGACCCCGCUCUCAUACCUGGCGUCAGCCCAACCGAGAGCUCCGCCCACUCCUGCAAACCAGAUAACUCAGACCAGGGAGAAACGAGCGAACGACCUGUCUUUAAAAAGUGGAAGGAGAGAGACGGAGGCCAAAGCAGGUCUGGUGAACGCAAGUCUAGGCUUGAUCUGGUCAAGCAGCAGCAAAGCAGAUUCGCAGACAAACAGCUCGAGGCCGGGGCUAGAGACAUGAGUCUGCCGAUUCAGCACACUGCGGCUCAGGUUUUGAGCUGGGCCAGUGAGGCCAGACAGCGCAGUGCCUCCAUGGACAUGCCUCACUACAGGGAGAAGGCCAACCAUGUUCCAGCCGACACAAAGGACUAUACCAUCUUGGAGUCCCCUCAAAGGAAACCCAAGCCCGAGGCUUGUGAUUCGGCAAGGAGGGCCUUCAUUCUCAGGAGCAAGAGUGCAGAUGGAGGCCCUGAACAGUCCAAGCAGCUGCAUUCGCCCCUUCAUCAAAAGCUGAUUAAGGUUCAUCACAGGCCCAAAGGCCGCUCAAACCCUCCUGUACACAACAUUCCUAGUGCAAAGUCCAAUUUCACCAAAGUCCAAAGCAGCUCUAAGGUAUCUCAACAGAUGGCCGAGAAAAUUGCGAAUACCGCUGGGCCUGGGGCAGCCAUCUUGGGCUGUGUGGAGACUGCAGGAGAAGGAUCCCUUUCCCCGGGGAAACAAUCGAAAACAUUCAAGGCUCCAGGUUUUACUGAUGGUCCCAAGAGCCCUUCCAAGGCACUUCAGCCUGCCUCCAAGCUACCCUCGAGAAAUGACUCUGCUCCAAAAGGCCCUACCUCAAACAAUUUACCCAACUCUCCUCUCAAACAGAGGUGCCAAGACCAGCCCUCCACCACUCCCCAUUCCGGCCUCAGAUCCCCUUCCCCUCCCCUACCACCAGGCAGAACUACGUCCUUACUAGUCAGACCAGGAUACGACUUCUUACCUCAAGCACACAAGCCUGCGGUUCAAACCGCAAACAGUGCGAAAGCAGCUACUAACGGCAGCAAACCUCAAGCAGUCCAGCAAUCACCCGUUAAACACAUGCAAACCCAAGUCCCCAUCAAAACUCAAGACUCUCGCCACAAGGCCCCCAAAAUGGGCGCCUCUCCUAAACGUGUUCCUUCAAAGGUUCACCAUACGUUACCCGUUCAAGAAUCCAACGAAGCCGACUCCACCCAGUUGUCCAAGAACAGGUUGACUUCACACGAGGAAAACUAUGUUCAAAACAUGGCGAUUUGUCAGCAGGGAGCGGGUGAUCCGCAGGCUCCUGAAGUCUCACCCCAGGGUUCCGCUGUCUGCCUUGGGAUCGUCAAUAACCCUCACCUCUCCAUCUCCAGGGCUGUCCAGACAGCCCUUCCUGUUGGUGGUAAAGCUCCAGAGACGUCCCCGAUGCAAGCCAACACCUUCCUUGUCCUGGGGAGGCGUGACCAAAACGACAGCAACAGUUCGCGCCGUUCAAAAGCGGUGCAGGCAUUUAACCUCGAAGCACACUCCUGUCAAAUGCUGCCCGGCGUGAACGCGGCCGUGGCCAAGGCUAAAGCAGAGCGGAAGAUCGAAACGCGUUGCAGCUCGCUGGACUCUGAGCCUCCUGUAGCUCCGCUCGCGGUCGAGACCGGGACCAUGCUGGAUUGGGGGUUUGACGAGGAGGGUUGGCUGUUCAAGAGGUCUGUGUCAGUGUCCACCAGACCGCCUCUCAAACCAGUCAUGGGCAUGAACGGAGCCAAGGCUCGAAGCCAGAGCUUUGGAGCGCGCUACAUGGACCGACCGAAUGUUACCAGGUCCGGAAAGGUCCGCACCCAGAUUAAGACUCACUCAGGAAGCUCGUUGAACUCUCUCGGCGAUGUGUUCCAAGGAAGCAUGAGCUGCUCCAGUAGCUACCAUUGUCCAAUGAACAGAUCGCUGCUGAACAAUUUUUUGAUCGAAGAGGGCUUGCCAAUUCCUUCUCAUUUGGGAGCUUCCAAUGAUAGGUUUAGUUUGAAACACCAGAGAGAACAAGCCAACCGGGUUCAGAUUGAACAGCAACUAUCCACCGCCUUUGGAGAACCUGUUACUGGAGAAUCUGAGAGACAAACCACCAUCACCACGAUCGAGGAGAAGGUGAUGCUGGGAAUAGAGGAGAACUUGCAGAAGUCACAAGAGCAGGACAGAACAACUGAAACAAAGCCGAAAUCUGGGUCGUCGUUGGCCAACUGGUUCGGCUUCCGGAAGAGCAAGCUUCCUGCUGCGGGUGGUAAAAAGGGAGAUCUUUCUAAGGUGAAAGAGGAAAAGAAGGAACACAAGAUCGGAUCUCUUUUGGGGGGAAAGCAGGCAAAGACAGACAAGAAGAAAGAGAGGAGAAAAAGCGAUGGAAAAGAAAGCUCUGUGGGGAGACGAGAGUCCCAUGAUGCAGUGCGCCAGUGUCUGUCCAUGCCGGUCCCCGGAGCCCCGCUUCCCGUUGAGACGGACGGACGCACAGACAUCUCUGGGGAUGCAAAGCAGAUGAAGAAGCAGAGGGUUAAUCUCAGACCCGAGGAUGAACAUGGAGCUGCUUUGAAGACCCCAAGCCAGGAUCCGGUCAUAAACGCCAUCAUGUGUUCUCCUCUUGCCUCGGGCUUCGUCCGCGACACGCGAACGUUGGACAGCGGCAUCGGCACCAUCCCCCUCCCCGACUCCACCUCCUUCUUCUCCUCCAUCCUGCACCUCCUUCCCAAGUCAGCAUCCACCCCAGACCCGUCCCUCAGCCCUCCGAGUGCGCCUGCUUCCUCCAGCGGGGAGAUCUCCCCCUCCCCUUUACCCCGAUGGAGACUGCCAUCCAAGGACCACUUCCUGGGGAUGCCAAACUCCAUGUCCGACACAUCUGUUACCCUCGUCCAAUCAGUGCCUUAUCCCAUUGUGACCUUCAUCCAGCCUGUCCAAUCCCUGUCUGAGCCUGUUGUGGCCUGUGCCAGUGUGUGUGAAACCCAGAGCAAGCUUCCAAGGCUGGCCUCAGGUGGAGUGGAGCCGAAGAGGAUGAGCCAUAUCAAAACAAAGACAAGGCCUACUCAGACCCAACUGCCAGAGAGGGCCCAACCCCAGCUCGCCAACUAAGUGAUUAUCGACUAACUGAGCUGCGAGCUGGAGAGAGGUACAGAGAGCAGGCAGCAGGAGACGCAGAAGUACUGGAUCUCGCGGGUCGGACAAGAGCCUGUACAUCCACAAGAAACAGUCUGAACAUUAUCCACAAGAAACAGUCUGAACAUCAUCCACAUCAUCCACAAGAAACAGUCUGAACAUCAUCCACAAGAAACAGUCUGAAUAUCAUCCACAUCAUCCACAAGAAACAGUCUGAACAUCAUCCACAUCAUCCACAAGAAACAGCCUGUACAUCAUCCACAUCAUCCACAAGAAACAGCCUGUACAUCAUCCACAUCAUCCACAAGAAACAGCCUGAACAUCAUCCACAUCAUCCACAAGAAACAGCCUGUACAUCAUCCACAUCAUCCACACAAACAACCUCCGCUGAACACAGCAUGCACAUCUGAGUCACAUUUUCCUGAAGUACUGGUGUCCACUAGCACACCCGAACAAACCUCUGAAUGUCUUCAGUUUGUCAGGUGUUUAGCAGUAGAGCCAGGGUUCUCUCUGGAGGGUGCUGGACCCAGAUGACAUGCUUCAUCAUCGAUUUAACAUUCAUGGUCAAUAAUCAUCACAGUAGCUGCAUGUCACUAGGCAAUUAACACUGUGUUUUACUCUCAUCAUAAUGUAUGUAUCAUGCACUUUUUACUUCCUGUGACAGUAAAAAUAGCAGGAAAACUCAGUGAACAGGUUCUACUCAGUCAUAUCAUACAAGCACUGUCAGGACACUACUUUGUUUGAUGAGCUCAGGGAAUAGACCGUUGGUGUCGGAAGGUAAGACUAAUAUUUAAUUUAAACUGUAAAGUGUAGAUGUUGAAUGGAUAAGCAACAGUGUUCACCUGAACUACAUAUUUGUGUAUAAAAGGAAGACCUUUCUUUGCUUCUUUAUUGCUAUAUCCGUCUUUACAUGCUUACGAAAAAAAGACAUAUCGCAGAAAUACAUCUCACUUUUACACCAACAUGUAUAAUGUGUACUUUAUACUGCCCUGUUUGGUGUUAUGAAUGCGUCCUGGCUUCUGCUGCUCAGAAAUCUUCUUCACUCCCGUAUGUAAAUAUGUAUUUAAUUAAAAUAGCUUCUGUCCACAUUUAAAUUUUUGACCAAAAACUGCUUCAGGGCUUCACUAGCAAAUUCUUUGUGUCAAAAAUGUUCAAGACAACAGCGAUUACCCUAGUUGCAUACUAAAUUGAACAUCUUAAAUAAUUAGUGAAAAUAAAUUAAGCAGAGAAAAUAAUAUACUUAAUUUGCCUUCAAGAUAAAUUGAUGCAACAGAUCCAAUGUUGUCCGAGGCACACAGUACAUACCAACAGUACAUGUCUGUCUUCUCCCUUGUAUAUAUUAGCCGUAGUAGAACAUACACUUACCUGUAUACAAAUUAUCUGUAACUGUAUACAAAUUAUCUGUAACUGUAUACAAAUAAUCUGUAACUGUUUAUGUUUUAUGGAAAAAAAGAAAACUAUAGCAAUAUUUGUGUAUAAAUUAUACUAGCCUCAUGACUAACUAAGGUAUUCAAGCCAUCUGGUACAGGCUGAAAGAGCAUGGACUCUAAUUCAUAUUUAAGGAGUCAGUUUCAAAGGAGUAUUAUAUUUUUCUUUCAUGUAUUUGUCUUGUUCCUAAAAUCUGUAUGCUGUACAGACGUGUAGGAUAACUUAAACCUAACUCUUUCUAAAUCCUCCCACCUAAAAUCACAAUCCCACAUUUUUGUAGAGAUCAAUGACAGUUAUGGUCUUGUGUUCCUGUAAUUUGUCUUAUUUUAACAGUAUGAAUUCAGAAUUUGUAUUCUACAUUACAUAUUAUCUGUUCUAUGCAAAGAUAUCAGGGUGAAAUAAACUACCUUAGUUCUUAAGUUGACUUGUUAUGUUGUAUUCUGCCUG